GGGAAAUGUGGGCCUUGUUAAAUCUCCCCAAGCUAUAGAAAUGACCAGCAGAUUCCUCUUCUACUUUUGCUGCUGCACCUGGAUGUUUUCUUCCCUUAGCUUUGGGUCUCAAACACUUGAGGAUGAAGCUGGAACUUUAACAAGUGGAGAAGGAUCCCUUGAGGCUAAGCCUCUGCCCUGGGAUCAGCCUCUUGAUGGAGAAAAUAGCUCUGGUCUCCUCCCACCCCUCCUCAAGGUCUUAGCUAACCGCCAUCUUCCUGGGGCGCCGAGGCUCCAACCUGACUCGAGAGCCCUGCGUUACAUGAAGAGGCUUUAUAAAGCAUAUGCCACCAAAGAAGGAAUUCCUAAGUCUGACAGAAGUCACCUCUACAACACCGUUCGUCUAUUCACACCAAGUGCCCAGCACCAACAGCCCUCUUGGGGCCAAGUCACAGGAGUUCUUCAAUCAAUGGAUCUGCUGUUUAACCUGGACCGUAUUACUGCCCUUGAACACUUACUCAAGUCUGUUUUGCUAUACUCUUUGAAAAACUCGGUUUCUUUUUCUUCUACCACUAAGUAUAUGUGCCACCUAGUUGUAAAGGAACCUGAAUGUUCUAGCCCAUUUUGUUUCAGGUCCCCACAGUCCUUCACUUUUAAUUCACAGUUUGAAUUUAGAAAAAAUCACAAGUGGAUUGAAAUAGAUGUGACCACUUUGCUUCAGCCUCUAGUUGCCUCCAACAAGAGAAAUAUCCACAUAGCAGUGAAUUUUACUUGCCUCAAAGAUCAACAGAAUCCAGUGCAGGAUGAGUUAUCUGAUGUGGCCAUAUUAAUGUCCCCAUCACUAUUAGUUUAUCUGAAUGACACGAGUACUCAGGCUUACCACAGAUGGAAUUCCCUUAGAUACAAAAGAAGGCACCAUCUGUCACCCGACCAGAGGGAUCUGUUUCUCUUUUCUUCGGAAGAAGAGCUGACUUGGGGCAGAAAAUCUUCCCGUCACAGAAGAGAUAAAGGAAUUGGAGAACCCAAAGCGAAGAGUCCUCAAAUGCCAAUUUCUUAUAACCUGAGUGAAUAUUUCAAGCAGUUUCUGUUUCCUGAGAAUGAGUGUGAGCUCCAUGACUUUAAACUGAGCUUUAGCCAGCUCAAAUGGGACAACUGGAUUGUGGCACCACAGAGAUACAAUCCUCGGUAUUGCAAAGGGGACUGCCCUAGGAUCACUGGGCAUCGGUAUGGUUCUCCUAUCCAUACUAUGGUGCAAAACAUAAUCUAUGAGAAGGUAGACUCCUCCAUCCCAAGGCCUUCCUGUGUGCCCGCUAAAUAUAGCCCCUUGAGCGUUUUGACUAUUGAGCCUGAUGGCUCUAUUGCUUAUAAAGAAUAUGAAGACAUGAUAGCAACAAAAUGUACUUGUCGUUAGCAUAUUGCCUUGGGGGAAAUAAAAACCACCAGAAAGCCUAGAACUUCAGGACAACAUUUAUGCUGAGUCUAGCUGUCUUCAGGAAGACUUCAUAUAGUAAAUCUUUGUAUAUACUGAUGUCUAGUUCUAUAUGAAAUAUAUAUUGGGUAGACUUAGCAUGUUUUGAUAAAUAUCAUUGUAAUGAGUAGGUUUGGGAGGACUAUUGAAUAUUUUUUAUUACAAAUGUGUAUUUUGUAGUACACAUUUGUAAUGUGUAUUUUGGAAUUCUUAAUAUGUUUUGAGGAAAUGAUUUUUCUUGGUUUUUUUUGUGGGGCAAUGAGGGUUAAGUAUGAUUUUUCUUUAAAUAAGAGAUGUAUUUGCCUCUGAAAUAAAAAAUCCAUUAGUAUAAAAGUUAGCU